AUGUUACAGUUUAAGCUAGUUCUAUUAGGUGAUUCCUCAGUUGGUAAAUCUUCUAUCGUCCACAGAUUCGUAAAGGACAGUUUUGAUGAAUUUAGAGAGAGUACUAUUGGUGCUGCGUUCUUAUCACAGACCAUCAAGAUUGAGGACAAAGGCAGCCAACAAGAGGUCGUGAUAAAGUUUGAGAUCUGGGAUACCGCAGGUCAAGAGAGGUACAAGUCAUUGGCUCCUAUGUACUAUAGGAAUGCCAACGCUGCCUUGGUGGUGUACGAUGUUACUCAGCAGGAUUCUUUGGCUAAGGCGCAGGGAUGGGUCAAUGAAUUAAAGACAAAAGUUGGUGAAGACGAUUUAGUAAUUUGUCUAGUGGGUAACAAGUUGGAUUUAUGUACUGAGGAAGGAGAGAGUUCAAGUAAACCAAAAGCGGUGGAGAGUUCAGACGCUGAAGGUUAUGCAAACGAACAAGGCCUACUAUUCCAUGAAGUUAGUGCAAAGACCGGUGAAGGUGUGAAGCAGGUAUUCCAGAGCAUCGGUGAAAAACUGUACGAAUUCAAGAAGCACGAAUUGGCAAAUUCUAAAGGUCGUCAAGGAGCGGGUGGUGACACCGUUAACGUUCAACUACAGAGGCCUUCAACAAACGAUGCGACAUCUUGCUGUGGAUAA